AUGGGCCUGCUCCCUGAGUUCGACGAUCGACACAUCGAAGCUGAGCAGCAGGAAUACCACCCGUACGAGUAUCAGACUGAGAACAAUGACUCGUGGGCUGGUGCCUUGCCGGUGAAGCAGGGUCUUUACGACCCGGCUUAUGAACGAGAUGCCUGUGGUGUCGGUUUCGCUUGCCACAUCAAGGGCAAGCCGAGCCACAAGAUUGUUAGCGAUGCUCGCAAUCUGCUGUGCAACAUGACCCAUCGUGGAGCCGUGGGAUCUGAUGCACGAGAUGGUGACGGAGCUGGUGUCAUGACAUCUAUCCCUCACAGGUUCUUCAUCAAGAACUUUGAGAAGGAGCAGGACAUCAAGUUGCCGCCUCCUGGCCAAUACGCUGUAGGAAACUUGUUUUUCAAGCCCGACGAAGAGACUCUUGAAGAGUCCCAGAGGCAACUGGAAGAUGUUGCCGAGUCGUUGGGCCUUCGGGUCCUGGGAUGGCGAAGGCCUCCUGUCGACUCGACACUGCUUGGCCCUGCGGCAAAGUCCCGUGAGCCCAUCAUUGCUCAGCCCUUUGUCGUUCUCACCUCUGCCUAUGGUUCUGGUACCGUGCCAGAGAUGACCGACCCGGAGAAGUUUGACGAGAGAUUGUUCGAGCGACAGCUUUAUGUUCUCCGAAAACGGGCUACUCACACUAUUGGCCUGAAAAAUUGGUUCUAUCUUUGCUCCUUGUCUAACAAGAACAUUGUUUACAAGGGCCAACUCUCUCCAGUCCAAGUCUACUCGUACUACCAUGACCUGGUCAAUGCCGACUACGAAGCUCACUUUGCUCUCGUCCACUCUCGAUUUUCCACAAACACCUUCCCUUCAUGGGACAGAGCGCAGCCUCUGCGGUGGGCUGCCCACAAUGGUGAAAUCAAUACUUUGAGAGGCAACAAGAACUGGAUGCGUGCUCGUGAGGGUGUCAUGAACUCUGACAUCUUCAAGGAAGAGUUGGAGCAAAUGUACCCUAUUGUCGAGGACGGCGGAUCCGACUCUGCAGCCUUUGAUAAUGUGCUUGAGCUUCUCACCAUCAAUGGUGUGCUCUCACUGCCUGAAGCUGUCAUGCUCAUGGUCCCCGAAGCCUGGCAAGGAAAUGACCAGAUGGACCCCAAGAAAGCUGCUUUCUAUGAGUGGGCCGCUUGCCAGAUGGAGCCUUGGGAUGGCCCUGCUUUGUUCACCUUUGCCGACGGCCGCUACUGCGGUGCCAAUCUGGACAGAAACGGUCUCCGCCCUUGCAGAUUCUAUGUCAUGGAUGAUGACCGCAUCAUUUGCGCAUCUGAAGUCGGCACCAUCCCCGUUGAGCCCGAGAGUGUCAUCCAGAAAGGCAGAUUGCAGCCCGGAAGAAUGUUGCUCGUUGAUACCAAGGCUGGCCGAAUUAUCGAUGACAAGGAACUCAAGGCUGCUGUUGCCAACCGCCACGAUUUCCGCUCCUGGUUGAGCAAGGAACUUCUCACCAUGCCCAAGCUUCUGGAGAAGCUCGAGACUGCCUUGGAUCUUUCUCCCAAGCUAGACGCUACACACCUUCAAGAGGACCCUCUUCUGUUGUCUUUUGGAUAUACACACGAGCAGGUCAGCUUGCUUCUUGCUCCUAUGGCAGCUGAUGAGAAGGAAGCUUUGGGCUCCAUGGGCAACGAUGCCCCCCUGGCUUGUCUAACACCUUCUCCUCGACUGCUGUAUGACUACUUUAGACAGCUCUUUGCCCAGGUUACCAACCCCCCGAUUGAUCCUAUCCGAGAGUCCAUUGUCAUGUCUCUGGAGUGCUAUGUUGGGCCUCAGGGAAACCUUUUGGAAAUGGAUCCCUCUCAGUGUGGCCGUCUGCUGCUUCCCAGCCCCAUCCUCUCCAUUCCGGAAUUCAAUGCUAUCAACAACAUGGCAUCUGUUCACUCCGAAUGGACUGUCAAGACUAUUGACUUGACAUUCCCCAAAUCCCAAGGCGUUGAGGGCUACAUCAGCCACCUUGAUGAAAUUUGCAACGAGGCCACUGCUGCCAUUGAAGCCCGCGAUAGAAUCAUCGUUCUUUCCGACCGCAAAACUUCGGCUGAUCGGGUUCCCGUCUCUGCUGCGCUUGCUUCCGCUAUGGUGCACCAUCAUCUUGUCAGCAAUAAAUGGCGCUCUAUGGCCGCUCUAGUGGUGGAGACUGCCGAAGCCCGCGAGGUCCAUCACAUGUGUGUACUUCUUGGUUAUGGUGCCGACGCUGUCAACCCUUACCUGGCCAUGGAGUGUGUCCUGAAACUGAACCGCGAGGGAUUGAUCAAGAAGAAGCUCUCCGACGAAGCCCUUAUCCGCAACUACAUCCACUCUUGCGAUGGUGGAAUUUUGAAGGUCAUGAGCAAAAUGGGCAUCUCGACUCUCGCUUCUUACAAGGGUGCGCAGAUUUUUGAGGCACUUGGUCUUGAUGAGUCUGUCGUUGAGCGCUGCUUCAGGGGCACUGCUUCGCGUAUCCAGGGGUUGACCUUUGAGCUGAUCGCCGAGGACGCCUUCCGGUUCCAUGAGCGUGGAUUCCCCUCCCGGUACACUGUCGGCAUCAAGGCCCUUCCUGAGUCUGGUGAAUACCACUGGCGAGAUGGUGGUGAGCCUCAUAUUAACAGUCCUGCCGCUAUUGCCAACAUUCAAGACGCUGUCCGAAACAAGAACGACAAGUCAUAUGAAGCCUACUCCAAGGCUGAGUACGAGCAGAUCAAAAACUGUACUCUUCGUGGUCUCUUGGACUUUAACUUCGAGGAUGCCACUCCCGUGCCAAUUGAUCAGGUUGAGCCGUGGACUGAGAUUGUCCGACGUUUCUGCACCGGUGCCAUGUCCUAUGGCUCUAUUUCCAUGGAGUCUCACUCCACCUUGGCUGUCGCAAUGAACAGACUCGGCGGCAAGUCCAAUACUGGUGAAGGUGGUGAGGAUCCCGAACGAUCUGAGCGCAUGCCCAACGGUGACACCAUGCGAUCUGCCAUCAAGCAGGUUGCCUCUGGUCGUUUCGGUGUCACAUCCGCCUACCUUGCCGACUCUGAUGAACUGCAGAUCAAGAUGGCCCAGGGUGCCAAGCCUGGUGAAGGUGGUGAGCUACCGGGCCACAAGGUCUCCAAGUCCAUUGCUCGCACCCGUCACUCUACGCCUGGUGUCGGUCUUAUCUCCCCUCCUCCUCACCACGAUAUUUACUCUAUUGAGGAUCUCAAGCAGCUCAUCUACGACUUGAAGUGCUCCAGCCCCCGAUCGCGAGUGUCCGUCAAACUUGUUUCCGAGGUUGGUGUUGGUAUUGUUGCCUCUGGUGUCGCCAAGGCCAAGGCUGACCAUAUCCUCAUCUCCGGCCACGAUGGUGGUACUGGUGCUUCUCGAUGGACUGGUAUCAAAUAUGCCGGCCUCCCUUGGGAAUUGGGUCUGGCCGAAACCCACCAGACUCUUGUCCUUAACGACCUCCGUGGCCGUGUCGUUGUUCAGACCGAUGGUCAGCUGCGAACCGGACGUGAUGUUGCCAUUGCUUGCUUGCUUGGUGCAGAGGAAUGGGGUUUCGCCACUGCUCCUCUUAUUGCCAUGGGUUGCGUCUUUAUGCGUAAAUGCCACCUGAACACCUGCCCUGUUGGCAUUGCCACCCAGGAUCCCGAGCUGCGAAAGAAAUUCCAGGGUACCCCUGAGCAUGUCAUCAACUUCUUCUAUUACGUCGCCAAUGAGCUUCGAGCCAUCAUGGCCCAGCUUGGUUUCCGUACCAUCAAUGAGAUGGUGGGCCAUGUUGAACACUUACGGAUGCGUGAUGACCUCCGCACCCACAAGACUGCCAACAUUGACUUGUCACUCCUCCUGACGCCCGCCCAUAAGCUUCGACCUGGUGUCGCCACUUUCAAUGUUCGAAAGCAAGACCACAAGCUCUACGUCCGCCUUGACAACAAGCUUAUCUCGGAAGCUGAGUUGACUCUCGACAAGGGCCUGCCAUCCAGAAUCGAGUGUGACAUUGUCAACACCGACCGGGCCAUGGGCACAUCUCUAUCGUAUCAGAUCUCCAAGAGGUAUGGUGAGGCUGGCUUGCCCAUGGACACGGUUCACGUCAACAUCAAGGGCUCUGCAGGGCAGUCCUUUGGUGCCUUCCUCGCACCCGGUGUCACCCUGGAGCUUGAGGGUGAUGCCAAUGAUUACGUCGGCAAAGGUCUUUCUGGCGGUCGCCUGAUUGUCUACCCCCCUCGCAAUGCAGUGUUCAAGGCCGAAGAGAACAUUCUGGUUGGUAAUGUGUGUCUUUACGGUGCCACCACCGGAACCUGCUUCUUCCGCGGUAUUGCUGCUGAGCGAUUUGCCGUCCGUAACUCAGGCGCUACGGCGGUUGUGGAGGGUGUCGGUGACCACGGUUGUGAGUACAUGACCGGUGGUCGAAUCGUCAUCUUGGGACGCACUGGACGCAACUUUGCUGCUGGUAUGUCUGGUGGUAUUGCCUACGUGCUCGAUAUCCACAACGACUUCCACUCCAAGCUCAACACGGAAAUGGUUGAAGCCAGCCCGAUUACCGAUCCCGCUGAAAUUGCCUUUGUUCGCGGCCUCAUCGAGGAUCACCACCACUACACCGGAUCUGAGCUUGCUGCUCGUAUCUUGGUCGACUUUAACCGUGCCCUUCCUCGAUUUGUCAAGGUCCUCCCGGUCGACUAUAAGCGAGUUCUUGAGGAGGAGGCUGCCAAGGCUGCUGAGGCUAAGCGCGCCGAGUACAACCUUCCGAUUGUGUCUGGCGUGAAGCACAAGAAGGAUGAGAAGGCCGCCAAGUUGCAGGAUUUGGAGGAGGCUAUUGGUGACGCCAAGGCUGAGAAGAAGAGAGCCUUGGUGCUUGACAAGACCAAAGGCUUCAUGAAGUACGCUCGUCGCUCCGAGAAGUACCGCGCUGCUUCCACCCGUACAAAGGAUUGGGCCGAACUCAGCUCUCGUCUUGACCAAGAUGAGCUCAAGUAUCAGGCCGCUCGCUGCAUGGACUGUGGUGUUCCGUUCUGUCAGUCUGAGACGGGCUGCCCCAUCUCCAACAUUAUUCCCAAAUGGAACGAAUUAUUGUUUCAGGGCCAAUGGAAGGACGCUCUGAACCGCCUUCUCAUGACCAACAACUUCCCCGAGUUCACUGGUCGUGUGUGUCCUGCUCCUUGUGAAGGUGCUUGCGUUCUCGGCAUCAACGAAGACCCUGUUGGUAUCAAGUCUAUCGAGUGCGCCAUCAUCGACCGUGGAUUUGAGAUGGGCUGGAUGAUUCCUCGUCCACCCGAGGUGCGCACUGGCAAGAGCAUUGCCGUAAUCGGAUCCGGUCCUGCUGGUCUUGCUGCUGCUGACCAGCUUAACCGUGCCGGCCACAGCGUCACCGUCUAUGAGCGUGCCGACCGUCUCGGUGGUCUUCUGAUGUACGGUAUCCCCAAUAUGAAGCUUGACAAGCGAAUUGUCAAGCGUCGUACCGAUUUCAUGGCCGCUGAGGGCAUCAAUUUCAAGACCGGCGUUGCUGUUGGUGAAGAUGGCCACCCAUCGUUGUCUGAGCUUCGGGCCGCCAAUGACGCCGUCAUCAUUGCCACUGGUGCAACUGUUGCCCGUGAUUUGCCUAUCAAGGGUCGUGAGCUCGAUGGCAUUCACUAUGCCAUGGAGUUCUUGCACAAGAACACCAAGUCCCUCUUGGACUCGGAGCUGGUUGACAACGCCUACAUCUCGGCCAAGGACAAGCACGUUGUCGUUAUUGGUGGUGGUGAUACGGGCAAUGACUGCAUUGGUACUUCAGUUCGUCACGGUGCCAAGUCUGUCACCAACUUUGAGCUUCUGCCUCAGCCUCCCCCAGAGCGAGCCAGCGAUAACCCUUGGCCACAGUGGCCCCGUAUUUACCGCGUUGACUACGGCCACACUGAGGUUCGCCAGCACACUGGCAAGGACCCCCGUGAGUAUUGCAUCAUGUCCGAGGAAUUCGUCGACGAUGGCAGCGGCAAGGUCAAGGGUAUCAACACCAUUCGCGUGGAGUGGACCAAAUCUCCCAGCGGUGGUUGGGACAUGAAGAAGGUGGACGGAUCUCAGCAGUUCUUCCCUGCCGACCUCGUCCUCUUGGCUAUGGGUUUCCUCGGACCCGAGGCUCGUGUCUUGGGCGACGAGAUUGAAAAGGAUGCCCGUAAGAACGUCAAGACUCCUGCAGGCAAAUACUGCACCAAUGUGGAGGGCGUGUUUGCUGCUGGUGACGCCCGCCGUGGACAGUCUCUCAUUGUUUGGGGUAUCAAUGAGGGCCGCAUGGCUGCUCGUGAGGUUGAUCUGUACCUUGAAAAGAGCACCAACCUCCCCGUUACUGGAGGUAUCGUCAAGCGCACUGCCCAGGAGAUUCUGGGCCGUGUUGUCGAAGUCAAAUAA